UCAAAAUGACCAAAGUCCCGGAUUUUUUAACGAACGAAUAUUUGGAAAAAGCUCUUCGCAAGUACGAAAAAUGCGAUAAUUUAAAAGUUUUGGAGUUCAAAUGUAAACCAGCUGUUGCAGCGGGAAAUAAUUACGCGAGUUUACUGCUUCGCGCCUCCGUGAAACUCUCAAAAAACAACAAUGAAGAGGUUGAAAAGUCGAUAAUUAUCAAAACUGUCGUUCCCGAUCCAGAAAUAGCAAAAUCCAUCGAAGAUUUUGGGAUUUACAAACGUGAAAUUUUGAUGUACGACCAAAUUUUGCCGAAAUAUCAUGCGCUUCUUGAAUCCAUGGGCGACGAUGAAAAACUUUACUCCCCAGCAAUUGCUGUCGAUCCUGAAAAUUCAACUCUUAUCUUCGAGGAUUUAAAAAAACGCGGAUUUUCGCUUGCCAGUCGCUUAAAAGGCGUUGACGAGACACAUUUAAAUCUCGUAACUCGAAAAAUUGCAAAAUUCCACGCUUGUUCAAUGGUUUUGCACGAACGUGAUGAAAGCAGUUUCAAUCAAUUUCGGGAUCCGCCAUUUGUUGCAAAUGCUGAAGCAAUUUCCUACUUUGAUGGGAUGUCCGAAGCUUUGUUGGAGCAAAUGCGAACCUGGCAGGGAUACGAAUAUUAUGUCAAAAAAUUUGAAAAAUUAAAGAAAUGGUUACCUUCAGAAGUCAUGAACGUCUAUAGUGAGUCGAAAAUCCCAAUUUCAGUACUGACGCAUGGCGAUUUGUGGGUUAACAACAUGAUGUUCAAGUACGACGAGAAAAUGAAACCGUUGGAAUUGCUCCUGAUCGAUUUUCAGAUCGGAUAUUUCGGGACCCCAGUUACAGAUGUGCUUUAUUUUACACUUACUUCAACGAUUGAUGACAUAAAAUUUACGAAAUUUCCAGAAAUUCUGCAAAAAUAUCACGGAAUUUUAGUUAGUUGCCUGAAACAACUCGAUUUCAAGGGAAAACUUCCUACUUUGUUUGAACUUUACAAUCAAUUUGUUGAAAAAAGUUUUUUUGAACUUUAUACGGUAGUCUCAGUCUUGCCAAUUAUAAUUAAUAAAGAAGAAGAAAACGCGGAUGUCUCGUAUCUCAUGACAGACACACCUGAAGCACAAAAAUUCAAGAAGGAAAUGUUCGCGAACGAAAGAUUAAUCGCUACUGUCAAACAUUUUUUGCCUCUUUGGGACAAAGUUGGGUUGUUGGAUCCAUUACAUUGAUCAAUUUAUGCGUUUUUAAUAAAAAUAUUCUUCAUGACGUGAUUUUUUUAAAUUGAUUCAAAGAUUUUUUGUCAAUCAUCGAGGUUAAAUUAAUUUAAAAAAAAAAAAUUUAUUUUUUUAAUUUUUCAUAUUAAUAUUAAUUCAUUUUAAAUUUUUUUUAAUAUUUACCUAUUAUUUUUUAUUCAAUUUUUUUUUAAUAAUUUUAAUUUAGUUUUAAAGUUUUAAAAAUUUUAA